CCCGCCCUCUCGGAGCGCACGGGGACAGCGAACCAAACAGACGGCGGGGGAGCAGCAGCAGGAGGAGGAGGAGGAGGAGGAGAUCCACAACUUGGGCUCAGGGGCCGGUACUCCUCGCAGCUCGCCACCGGACCGGUAUGCACUAUCUGCGGGGGAGGAAGUAGAGCCGCGCCGACCGGGGAAGAUGCAGGCGGAGGACAUGGAGGUACCUAUCAUUAAUAACCUGAACGAUCACGGCGACUGGCAGAGGCCAACAGGGAAAGAUGCGUUCAAGGAUCAGCAGAAGGAGUCGGAGAGCUCCAUGGAGUCUCCAAACCUGGAGUUUGAGUACGGAGACACGGACGCGCUGACCGCCGAGCUCUCAGAGCUCUACAGUUACACAGAGGAGCCAGAGUUUGCCUUGAACCGAGACUACUUUGAGGAGGACUUCAGGAGCCAUGCUCGAGACAGACGGUGGAUCGAGCUGACGGUGGAGGAGCAGCGGUCCUACGUCAUGAGGCUGCUGGACGCGCUGGAGGUGACGGACAGAGACAAGCGGCUGAAGGUGGCCAGGGCCAUCCUCUACCUGGCUCAGGGAGUGUUUGACGACUGUGACACAGAGGUGGACGUGCUCCACUGGUCCAGACACAAUGUCUUCCUGCUCUACGACAUGGGCAUCUUCACGGCCCUGCUGGAGCUGCUCAGCAUGGAGAUGGAUAACAACCAGGCCUGCAGCAGUGCAGUGAGGAAGCCGGCCAUCUCUCUGGCAGACAGCACGGAGCUCAGAGUCCUACUGAGCAUCAUUUACUUGAUAGUGGAGACCAUUAGAGUUCAAACGGAGGAUGACCGACCUGAGUGGAGUGCAUCGAGAGAAGUCUUCAAGAAUGAGCUAGGUUCCCCUUUGAACAACGGCGAGCCCUUUGCCCUGCUCCUCUUCACCAUGGUGACCAAGUUCUGCAGCAUGAACGCCCCGCACUUCCCCAUGAAGAAAGUGCUCCUGCUGCUCUGGAAGACGUUACUGUUCACCGUGGGGGGUUUCCAGGAGCUUCAGGAGAUGAAGGUGAGCAGCCGCGAGCGCCUCAAGCUGCCCCCGCUGCCCGAGGACAGCAUCAAGGUGGUCAGGGCCAUGAGAGCCACCUCGCCCCCGGCCUCCGCCAUGGAGCUCAUUGAGCAGCAGCAGCAGCAGAAGAGAGGCCGCCGCAGCCGCAGGAGUGCCUUUGUUGAUAGCUUGGAAGGAGACAGUCCCUUUACCAAGAAGCAGCCCCUCGUCAAGCAGGACAGCCUGGACACGUACAACGAGCGGGACCCUUUCAAGAACGACGACGCCCGGGACGAGGAGGAGGACCCCGAGGACACGGACAGUGGCAUCGAGGGCGAGGUGGACCCCUUGGAUGUCAUCAUCCAGCCCCCACCACCGCCGCCUCCCCUCAGACCUCCUACAGAAAGGGUCAACUUCCCCAAAGGCCUUCCCUGGGCCCCUAAAGUCAGGGAGAAAGACAUCGAGCACUUCCUUGAGACCAGCAGAAACAAGUUCAUCGGGUUCACACUGGGAAAUGACACAGAUACCCUGGUGGGCUUGCCCAGACCCAUCCAUGAGAGCGUCAAGACUCUGAAACAGCACAAGUACGUGUCCAUCGCUGAAGUCCAGAUCAAAAAGGAGGACGAGCUGCAACAGUGUCCAAUGAGUCUGGGCGAAGAGGAGGUGGCCGAGACACCGACAGAGAUGCUUUACCUGGGCAUGCUUCCUAACCUCUCCCAAUACGUGAUUGCCCUCCUGAAGCUGCUGCUGGCUGCCGCUCCAACCUCCAAGGCCAAAACUGACUCCAUCAACAUCCUGGCUGAUGUGCUGCCUGAGGAGAUGCCUAUCACAGUCCUUCAGAGCAUGAAGCUGGGAAUUGACGUGAACCGUCACAAGGAAAUCAUCGUCAAGGCCAUCUCUGCUCUGCUGCUGCUGCUCCUCAAACACUUCAAACUCAACCACAUUUAUCAGUUCGAGAUUGUCUCCCAGCACCUGGUGUUUGCCAACUGUAUCCCACUCAUCCUCAAGUUCUUCAAUCAGAACAUAAUGUCCUAUAUCAGUGCCAAAAACAGCAUAUGUGUGCUGGACUUCCCCCACUGUGUGGUCCACGAGAUGCCUGAACUCACAGCUGAGAGCCUGGAAGUGGGAGACAACAACCAGUUCUGUUGGAGAAACUUGUUCUCUUGUAUCAAUCUGCUGAGAAUAUUAAACAAGCUGACCAAGUGGAAACACUCCAGGACAAUGAUGCUGGUGGUGUUCAAGUCCGCCCCGAUCCUGAAGAGAGCUCUGAAGGUGAAGCAGGCCAUGAUGCAGCUCUACGUGCUCAAGCUGCUUAAGAUCCAGACCAAGUACUUGGGCCGCCAGUGGAGGAAAAGCAACAUGAAGACCAUGUCGGCCAUCUACCAGAAGGUCCGCCACCGGCUCAAUGACGACUGGGCCUACGGAAAUGAUAUCGACGCACGGCCCUGGGACUUCCAGGCGGAGGAGUGCGCCCUGCGGGAGAGCAUCGAGAAGUUCAACAGCCGCCGCUACGACAGGAACAGGAACGGAGAAUUCGUGCCCGUGGACAACUGCCUGCAGAGCGUGCUGGGACAGCGCGUGGAGCUGCCCGAGGACUUCCACUACAGCUACGAGAUGUGGCUGGAGCGAGAGGUCUUCUCCCAGCCCAUCCAGUGGGAGGGGCUGCUGCAGAAUCCGUGAUUGGGGUUAUACAUCGGUGAUGCGGGGAUGGGGGAAGAGAAAGAAGCUGGAGAUGGAGAAACCACCUCCCAGGCUUUUCCCUUGAUGGGAGAAGAUGGAAGAUGAAGGGAAAUAUGGAGCAAAUGUGACAAAGAACUGGAGCUGCCUGCUCUGAGCUCGGCACAAUAGAUGCUCACAUGUGCCUCUGACUACUGUGAUCCGCACAGAGCAGUGAUGAGAAACCGCUGUAGCAGGGGACCGUUUCGGCCAGUUACACUGCCACCCCCCCCACCCCCAGAGGAUAUCUUCACCACUUUGUCAAUUUAUAUGUCCCAAAAUGUAGGUGCUUUUUUCAAUCCUUGGUAAAUCGUUUCCUAUUUGUUUGUAUCAAUGUGUGUGGUUGAACUAUUUUGUUGUUGUUGAUUUCUAAUCGGUUCAUCUCUUUUUCACACAAAGCCGAUUGUCGCAUUGGGCUUUAAAGUUUUUCUUAUGUAUAAAAAAAAAUGAAGGCCUUUUGGAAGCAAACCGCAGGGUAAUUUUGAUAGUCCAAAUGUAGACAUGGGAGCAAUUUCCACUAAUGGCAUAGUGGUCUCACCUAAUAUGUCACCAACAAAGAAAAGACGUAUACCAGCAGUAAAUGGGGUUUGAUAAGGGUGUGUGUGUGUGUGUGUGUGUGUGUGUGUGUGUGUGUGUGUGUGUGUGUGUGUGUGUGUGUGUGUGUGUGUGUGUGUGUGUGUGUGUGUGUGUGUGUGUGUGUGUGUGUGUGUGUGUGUGUGUGUGUGUGUGUGUGCAGAAAGAGAAAAAAGCCUCUGCAGAAUAGGGAGAUGUGUGGAGGAUGGUUUGGGGUAAGAAAUAAUAAGAAUCCUCUUGAAGAAACUUGUGUUGCAUUUGUUCUCUUUUAAAAUAGAAAAUGUACCUUUUUAUAUCGAGUCCUUGCUAUUCCAGAUAUCUCCAGGAACAUUGAAUGCCAGAAAUCCCAGAACCAAAAUCUGCGAUGUCACCUCCGUCCUGUUAUAGUCUCGGUGAGGUUGCUGUGCGCUGCUCUUCAACCGGGCUGUUCUGGUUAAUCACACUGUGUUUACCAAAAGCAGCCAUUUAAGUCUUCAUCCUUGUUCUUUUUUCUAUUUUAAGAUCUAAAAUACGGUUUGAAAACUUAUGAUGAAGCAUAAAUCUGUGGAGGUUGGGUUUUUGAGUGUGAACCGGGCUCAUAGUUUGGCCGUUGGGGGAGGGGGACACCUCUCUGAGUUGUUUUAUGGAACCAUCUCGGGCGAAUCAAAUCUCAGCAGUGAGAAUAAUUAACAAUCGUGACUCCCCGCUUCAACCAGUGGACUCUGACUCUUUAGCCGCCACACAUAUGGGUUCUGUUUUUCUUAUUUCUAUUUCGACUUCACUACCUUAUCCGCUCCUUCACGUCUAACUUCCCGAGCGGGCCCUCGAGGCGAGAGCUCUGGAUUGUUUCCUGGAGAUGUCUGAAACUAAAGUGCACAAACGAGCACAGAAGAAUGCAUGUUUACCGUUUCUUGCAUAUCAUUUUCGCCUGGUUCAGAUUGUUGUCGACUCACCUGGAGGGGUCGAAAGCAUUCAUUUACUAGCUCGGCAAAGAACAAUAUUUUUGACACUCAGUCUUGUGCUUCUCUGUAGCAACGUGCAUGGCCUCUGUUUGUUUUGGGUGCCUGGCGACAUCUAAAGUAUGAUUUUGGAAUGGCUUUUUUGGGUGUAUUUUUUCCUCUGUCAGUGUCACUGCAUUAUAUGGGUGUUUUUUGUUUUGUUCAGGAAGGUGAAAUUGUUAAAUAAUAUUAUAUACUUUAUAGAUUCUCAGGUUUAUGGAGAUAAUAUAUUGCAAAAGUUUUAAAGCUUCCUUUCCAUCAUCUAGCUCUCUACCUGCAGUGAUGAAUACACAUGUAUCAUCACGUUCAUACCCAAAAAUAACAGCUCAAGCACUAAGCUGUACUGCAUAGGCUGUAUAUUUGAACUUUUUUUUUGUAUCUUGUGACAAAUCUAAGUGCCAUUUUCAGUUUUUAUUUCAUCGGUGUUGCCUUUGUGAUCACAUGUUAGGUUCUUCAUUCAAGUCACAGCUAAAGAUUUGCAAUACAACAUUUUAAUUUUCUACCUGAAAAUUGUACAAUCAAUAAAAAAUAGCUGUUUUCUUGUAUAUGGUACAGUAUUAUACCAUAAUUUGUUUAGCAUUGUAUAGGUGUUACUACGGUGUGUGUAUAUAUAAAUGUGUUUGUUACAUUUCCAUUUCUGAAUAGUCUAAAUGAAUACUCAAUAUGGCAGUUGUUCAAGGGUAUGUGCAAUUACAGAUCCAUAUAGGCAAAGUACAAUAUCAGAGUUGCUUAUUAAACAAUGUUGAACAGUU